UUGAUCGAGUAUUAAAAUUAAAUCUCAGCUAAAAGCUACAACACACUCACUCUCAAACACACAAAAAUUGUAUGAGAGAAAAAAAAAUAAUAAAAAAACAACAACAGAAAUUGAUAAAUAAGAGUAAUAUUAAUUUAAAGUCUUUUCAAGCGUAGUGGAGAACAUCAAAAAAAUUCAUUCUGAACUGGUAGGUUUGAAAGUAAAAAUGUAUUUUUUUACUACUGCUGUUACUGUUGCUGCUUCUACUAUUGCUGGUUCUUUGGUGAUCGUUGUUUUUAUGGUGGUUUCAUAGAAAUAAUUAAAAAGAAAAAAAAAAACUAAAAUUGAAGACUGCAUGAAAAACAAAAACCCCUUUGUGCUAAAAAAAGCAACAUGAAAAGAAAAGCAAAAUUAAUACAAAUUUCAAUUAAACAUAAUAUUAAAAAUUGAUUUACUAAAAAAACUGAAAAAAUAAAAAUAUAGAACAACAGCAUACAGGAAAAUUAAACUACAAAAAAACGACAAUAUUACAAUACAAGAGUACAACACACAACAAAUAUGGCGCAACAACGAAGGUUUCAAGAAUGUUUAAAAAAUAUAAAAAACUAUACAAAGCCAAUAACAAAACCUGGCCACCGCCCUAAUUUUGGAAUGAUAAAACUAAGAUUUUUCUUCUUAUUGCUGCAGUGGAGUACGGAAGUUUCUUGGGCUCAAGAAUUGGCUGGCAAUAAGUAUUCCCCUUACUAUUAUGUAGGUUGUUUUUCGGUUCGGACAGAAGUGCUUACCGAAUCGGUGUAUGCUAAAAUGCCUCAAACCUGUGUGGAAAUCUGUGAAUUAAAGAAUACUACUUAUGCCAUUAUGAUGUCCGAAAAGUGUUACUGUUCCAGUGAUAUAGUAGUGGAAGAUAAACAAGAUGAUAUGUUAUGUAAUACACCCUGUGUGGCCAUAAAAUCGGAAUAUUGUGGUGGUGUAGGAGUACACAGUUACUAUACCUUCAAUACAGAUGCCUCACCAAAAGAUUUAAAACUACAAAAUGCCACUGAAAACAGUUUGAGUAUAAUUUGGACUCCUUAUAAGCCACCGAAAACUUAUAUUGCCGGUUCUGAAACACCAUCUGUAUUUAAAAUAACCAAUUAUCUUAUACAAAUACAACGUUUGCAUACCUAUUCCUCUAAAGCCUUUUUUGCACAACCAGAGUUUGUGGUACAAGGUACGGAAAAUAAAAUAGAAAUUACAGAUUUAUUGCCUGCCACUAAGUAUAAUAUCACCGUGCGCGCUAUUUGUGAAGGUUUAGCGGAGGAAGCAGAUAAUUGUGGUUCCGCUUCUAUAGUGGGAACUACUCUAGUGGCUGAGCCUAGUCCCCAGCCUGCUCAACCAAAAAUUUUGCAAACUACUGAUACAACUUUGACCAUAGAAAUUAAGCCGGUAAGAAAUGACAAUGGUCCAGUCACAAAAGUAUUAGUUAUAGUGGAGAGAAUAGAUGAUUCAUUGUCUCAAACGUUUGACACUAGUCUAUUGGGCAGUUGGAAAAAAGCAGAUGAAGAUGGUUUACCUUAUUACAUAGCCGCUGAAUUGGAUUAUGAUCGUCCAGGAGAUAAUAAAACUCGUAAAUUUAUAGUAGGAGAUGGUAAACGUUAUGGUCGUUAUACUAAUCCUCCCUUGGAUAAUAAAAAUUCAGAUUUUCAUGUCAGUUUGGGUGUGGUCAGCACCUUAAAUGGCAUCACCAAAACCUUAUACACCCGCAGUAGUCAUGACCAGCAUACCACCUCUAUGGAUAACUUUACCUAUGCCACUUUUGAGGCGGGACAAAGUUCAGUGGUGGCUUUAAUAGUUACCUGUUCCAUAUUUGGUAUUUGUUUUAUACUCUCCGUUAUCACCUAUUUCUAUUUACGCUACAAACAAUGUCAAAUACGUUCGGGUCGGGGAAAUUCUCAUGAAAUGACUAUGCAACAACCCAUAAUUGAAAGAGAAAACAAUGGUUAUAUUGUGGAAGAUGAAAUGCCUCCAACGGUGGAGAAUUUUAAAGAACAAUUAAAUGCUCUGGUCGAUAAACUAGAUGUGACUAAGAAAAUACCCAGAAAUAAUUUGCGCAUGAAUGUCAAUGAUAUUAUAGCUGAGGGAAAUUAUGGUGAAGUUAUAACGGGAAAGCUUUUAACCAACAAUUUGCCAGAAUCAAGUGCUGAUUGUCAAUUGCAUGUUUUGUCCUUGGAUGAAUUAACUAGCACAGAUCAGGGCAAGUUACUGCAGGAAUUUCGUAAUUUAACUAAAUUACAGCAACAUUCUAAUCUUUUGGAUUUCUAUGGUGUGUCUUCUAGCACUGAUUGGUUUUACUUGGUGUUUGAACAUGAAAAUGUCACCCUAAAACGUAGACUAAUAGAGAGUAGAAGAGCUCCCAGUUCUGCCAUCAUGCAACGCAUUACUGCUCUGUCUGAACAAUUAAUUUUACAAUGGAUUUAUGAAAUUGCCAGUGCCAUGGAUUAUUUAGCUAAAUCUAAAGUUAUACACAAACAUUUAUCAUCACAUUGUAUUUAUGUUACGGCUGAAAUGAAAUUAAAAGUAUCGGUAUUUGGUCCCACUGCGUAUGUGAAUAAUCAGAAAAAGAUAGAUCUCACCAGAUGGCUGGCACCGGAAGUUCUAAGAUAUCAACAUUAUUCCUCAAAAUCGGAUGUUUGGUCAUUUGCUGUGGUAGCCUGGGAAUGCUGUUCAUUGGGUGCCACACCUUAUGCACAAAUAAAUAAUUCCAAUAAAGUUUUAGAUGCUUUAAAGAGUGGUUCACGUCCGGCACAACCUGCUUUCGUCUAUGAAGAUCUAUAUCAAAUGCUAUUGAACUGUUGGACUUUGGAGCCUAGUGAACGUAUUAAUUUUGAAGAUAUUGCCUUUAAUGUGCGUCAAUUAAUGACGUCACCACGUCAUGCUUUAAAUUUUGAUGCACCCAAAGAACAGGCAGCUAACGAUGUACUCAAUUCAUUGCCUUUCUAUUUGCCCAUGUUGGAAAUGGAGAAUUAGUUAAAGAAGUCAUUCUCUUG